AUGGCCGUGAAUGGAAGUAGGAUAGUAACUAUCUCUCCAUGCGCACCCGCUGCCCCUCCUCCUCCACCCGCGGCCCUCCCGUGCGCGCACUUGCCGUCACCUCGCGUUUCCAGCAUUCGCUUCUGUAGGGAACACCUCGGUAGCGCUGGCGGCGCCGGCGGCGGCAGGGACUGUAGAAACCGCAGCCGAUCGAGCCGCAGACGCGCCGCGAUCGUCGCUGGAGCCGCUGCGAAUCGGGUGGGCGGGCAGGGCGGCGGUGAAAGCUUCGAAGACAGGAGCAAUGCCGAUGAGCGGCUUAGCGCAGACCGAGAGAAUGCGGACCGAGGCGGCGCGGGCGGAGGCAAUGCGGAGCGCCUGGAGGAUCUAGAGGCCGUGGAUCGCCUCGCGCAAGAGCUGGCCGCCGCCGCAGGAGCAGCGGGAGCGGAGUCGGAAACCUUCGACAGGCGCAGCGCGGCGCAUGAGGCGGAAAAAGCGGAAGCGGAGGCGGAGGAGCAACAAGGGCGGAGGAGCGCGCGGGGGGAGGGGGAUGAUGCGGCGGCAGCGUGGAUCGGGUCGAGUGUGGCAUUCGCGGAGGAGGACGAGCAGGGGCGCAAGUACCUCGAGGUGCUGGUUACCAGCGUGCACCGCGUUGACCACGGCAUGGUGGUGGGGGUGCUGUGUUCGCCGGCCAACAGGGGACCGCCAGUGGACGCGUGUCGGGAGUUCCCGCUCUUUCUCAACGACCUCAUCGCCGCGCCCUGCCACGACGCCAUGCAACGCGGGGGGCUUCCCAAUGCGUUGGAGGGGCUAGAGAGGCUGAGCGACAUGGACUUGCAGCGAACGCUGGUGCAUGCUAUUAGCGAGGAUAUAGGGGCAGUAUCGUUUGUGCUUCUGGAUGAAAAGACUGGGGAGUUCUCACGAGUGGACUCCUCCUUCCCCCAGGCGAUGGCGCUGGCGCUGCGGUACAGGCAGCCGCUGCGAGUGGAGCGGUGGUGCAUCCUGGCUUCUAACCGCGACUUCAUCGAACGCAUGCUGCUCAACCCCAUCGCACGAGAGGCAGAGAACGACGCAUCACUGCUGGCAGACCUGGCGCGGCGCAUGCGGGAGCUGGAGAUGAGGCCGCAGGAGCUCAAGACCCAGCUCGACGCUGUUAUCAAUGCUGAAGAGUACGAGAGAGCAGCGCAGCUGAAGGCGGCGCUGGUGGCAGAGGAGAGAGUGGCGGACGCACGCCUCUUCUCCCUGCUCGCAGAGGUCAAGCGCCUCUACCUCGACCGCCUCUCCGUCUUCUUCAAGCUCUAG